UGCCAAAACACAAGAACAUUGUGUAACUGACUGUCUGAACACCUUUUUAACUAGAAGCAUAGUGUACAAGAUAGAUAUUGUACCUCAAUAAAUUGUGCACAACAUGUCUCUUCUACGCGUGUGUGCUUCUAAAACAAAACAUAUUUUGACAAAGGGAUUACUCGUGGAGUCGUCUGUUACAGGAUGCUCGCGGACAGUCAGUGGAGCAGCCAAGGACAAAGAACCGCUGCGGAAAGCCAAAACUCCGCAGGGUCGCUUCGACUUAAAUGAAGAGAAAAGCAAGGAUGUCCUCGAAAAGUUCCAAGAUGAUGUCCACCCUGACACUAAGGAGAAAGGGGGCCCCAGAGGCCCUGAGCCCACACGGUAUGGAGACUGGGAGAGGAGGGGACGCUGCAUCGACUUCUAGUAGCACGCAGCGUGAAGAAGAAUUGGUGCACCUAACCCAGUGAAACUGUAAAGCAACAUAUUAUUUCCUCGUGAAAGAAACUCAUGAGUACCUUCAUGUGCACUGUGCAUGCAGCACAGUCACCACUGCUUCCAUUCAUGAUUGUGAUGUUGCAAUAGGCCUACUGUUAUUUGCACAGUUUAAAUGACACUUCUGUCUUGCAAUGUUAUUCCUUCUUGUACAAAGAUCUGAGUGUGAUGAUCAAUAAAUCGUCUGGACAAUA